UCUUGAUACACCAUUUUUGUAGUCCCAAGUUCCUUAACAAUACAUAAAGACUUAAAAGGGACGACCUGGUGAACACAAGGAAGUAUAGAAGAAAAGAUGGCUUCUCACAUGGGUUGUUUUCUUGGAUGCGUGCUCAUUGUAGUAGCUCUGCUUCAGGGAGCCGCCGCGAAAACCCACAUAGUCGGAGACACUUCAGGAUGGACUGUUCCUUCAUCUAGCUCCUUUUAUGUUAACUGGGCUGCGAGCCAAACCUUCAGCGUCGACGAUAUUCUAGAGUUUAAUUUUCAAACUGGUUCGCACGACGUGGCUGUGGUCUCAAAGGCUGAUUAUACUUCCUGCACCAAGGGGAACCCCAUCGGGAGCAUCAUAAACACAGGCCCAGCAAAAAUCACCAUUAAUUCAACAGGAGAUCACUAUUACAUCUGCACCUUUGGUCAACACUGUGAAAAUAACCAGAAGCUGGCAAUCACCGUUGGCUCCACUAAUGGCACCACUCCCACUCCCACUCCCACUCCCACCUCGUCACCAGGACCUUCAAGUUCAACAACCCCAACAACCCCUACUGGAACUUCACCCACCUCUUCACCCAGCUCUGCCUCGUCUCUCACUGUUGGCGGCUUCUCUUUUCUUCUGCUAUCCACUGUCAUCGCUUUCUUUUAUUAGGACUUUGUUUUGUAUACAUCAUCACCGUAUCUAGAGAUGAUUUUCUGUCUUUUUUUUUUUUUUUUUUUUCUCUAGCUUCUUCCUUGAGGCAUAUAUAUGACGUUGUAAUUCUUUUUUAUUAAACAUUUACGGUUAUUAUUUUUGGUUUUUGGAGAUAUUGUAUUUUACGGUUGCUCAAUAAAACUAAUCCACUAUGCUGGUCAGUCCCUUAA